CAAACAUUGCAGUACAGUGGGAACUGUGUGCAGGUAGACCUGACUCCACAGACCAGCGAUUGAUCUAUCUGUUUAAAAAGAGAAUCCUUUAUUCAGCACGACAUGUUCAAUUUACCUGUUCACCACUUUUGAAUUCUUUGUAUGUACCAUUUGGUGAGAUUUUACAAGUUAAAUAUCUUGGCAGGUGCCCAGGUAUUUUUUCACCUGUGACGUGUCAUGUGUGAAUCUCCCGUACCUGAGGCUUUCUAUGGUGUUUAGAUUGAUUAGCAGGGCUGGAGUAGCCGUAAAGUCAAUAGUAACUAUCUGGACGGAGGCGCGUUCGUUUUAAAAUCUACCAAACCGAAGGGUUCUUAUUGACGAAACUUCCUGGAUCUCUGCUAGUAGUGUGUACACUGUUGGUGAAGGUGUUGGUCACUCAUCCCAGUGUCCCGUCAACAGUAAAGGAUGGCACCCUAACAACCGCGUCAAUACAAAUCUCACUAUUGUUGACGAAAAAAACACACGUCAAUACACUGAGUGCGAAAGAACAAUUCCAGAAUCGUCGUAAAUCACCACUGCCUUUCUCCACUAUUUCACCGAGGGCUCCCGCUGUCAUUUAAACGGAGUACAGUUUCAAACACGAAGGUUAUUCCCGGAUAUAAUAUAUGUGGCAAUACACAAGUAUUAGUCGUGUGUAUUGAAAAACAAUCUACGUGCCAUAUUGAUAAUUGAGGGUAAAUUACAGCUUAAAUAAAAGAUAUUUACCUUAGCGUUGUCAAAUCAUCGAGGUGGUAUUGCGUACCUAGAUCAACACGACAGAAGUGAACGAUUGAAAACGACACCCCUUUCAUGUGAAAUUGACACUUUGUGGAUAUGAAGCGCUACAGCUGUGAUACGCGUGUUUGGUCCCUGUCAAAAAAGACAUAGGACUUGUUUGUUCUUCCGAGGAUUUGUAUUUGAAGUGCUUCUUGGAGUGUAUUUGACCAACAUAAAGGAUUGACACAUCAAGUUUUGCCCAUAUAACAUAAGCUUGACGGAUAUAUUCGAUCAUAUAGAAUGCAACCUGCAACAUAAGUGCGUAUUUCUUCAAGAAAACAUUCUCAAAAUGAAGACCAAACGAUUUGGAAAGGCAAAACCUAUUGCUCAGCUAACUGAUAUUAUCAAGCUGGAGUAUUUUCAGCAAGUUCGGUUCUUCAUUGACCUUGGUAUCGCAAUAGAAAAGGCAGAUGAAAAUGGUCGCACACCAAUUAUGUUGUGUCCCUUUAUGGAACCGGAAGUGUGGGGCACCGGUAUUGCUCGUCUGCUCAUAGAAAAGGGAGCUAGUUUGGAAAACUGUGACAAAUAUGGUAUGACCCUGAUGCACCUUGCUUGUAUAUACACGCGAAUCGAACUCGCUAGAGUUUUUCUUAACGCAAUAGAUUUUGAUUUAGUUGAACAAGACAAGUGGGGAAACACAGCACUUCACUAUGCUGUCCGGAGCGGCAAUUUGAAUCUCGUAAAAGUUAUAACACAGGCUCAAUGGAAAUACAAAUUAGCUUUUGACAGAAAAAAUCGCGAAGGACACACAGCACUUGACGAAGCCUACAGGCUGAAAAUGAGAAAAAUUGCAGAAACCAUUGAGGCUGUUGAAAACCAGACACAAGCUGACGCAGACAAUGAAUCUUUGUCACAAAUACCGUCAUUGAAUAUUAGACUUUCUCGAGAAUGUCUUCAUUCUCGUACAUAUUCUGAUUUUGGAUCCGUAUCGAGGCGUUCAUUUCGAGCUCGCCCCAAAACGGCGUUCCUCCUUGCUCGUAGGGAAUCUGCAUCAAGUAGCAGCAGUGCUUCAAGUCUUUACGGUCAGGAUCGAACUGUGAUCAGUUACCGUAACUUUGUCAGACGCGAACUAGAACCAAAUGAAAAAGACGACAAAAUUAUUCUACGCUGUGCUCCACUCACAGACUUCCGGAACAAUCCGGAAUAUCUGUUCCACCUUGUAAUGCCUGGCGUGCUUCCAGUCAAUGGGAAUCACGAAUCCUUGAAAUGUGUAAGGCCAAAAUCGGCUUAUUCUUCGAAACUGCAUGAUUCCUCUUAUGGGCGGGACGGUCCUUAUUUCAGCUGGAGAGUAGAAUUCAAACGACUGUAUCGUCACUACGAAUACCAAUGUACACCCUCAUAUAGGGACGGGAUAAAAAUACCCCCAGCGGAUCUAUCCUAUCUUGAUGCCCCACUUACGCCAGCACCAUCAGAGGAUCCGACCGAAGACGAAAAGGGCAGAAAAAGCAAAAGGUCCACAAGCUCCAUGACUAAACAAAACACGGCAGAAACAGGGAGGCAACGAAAGCAAUCACAGCAACAACAGGCUCAGAUACAGCAGCAACAACAGUUACAACAACAGAAACAACAGGAGCAAUCGAAGCGAAGAGCUUCGAUAGUUCAGUCCGGAAAGCACUCAUCCUCGUCAAUGGACGGCUCCAUGGGAUCUAGUAGUGAGUCCAUCAGCAGUGGAACUUCGACGAAAAAGGAUGCAGUCCGAAUGACGAAUGGGAACGCAUCCGGAAGUGACUCACACGGGAGACAAAGCCGAGUUGCACACUACAAUUAAUUUUGUUUGUAAAGAUCAGGCAGACUACAAGUUUCUCAGAAUGUGUAUUUAAGCGAAAGGUUAUAGAUACAAUAUCUGUUAAGUUUUGUGAGUUUAUGUUUCCGUAACGUAACAAAAAUGUUAGUACAUGAUGUUAGAACAUGAUCUAUGUUUGGCUUUAGCUAAUUGUUGUGAUCUGCCUUCAAAACGUGCUUGGUUCUACUUAAAGGUACUUGGACAUUUAUGUGAAAAGCCUGUUUGACAAGCAAUUUAUUUGACUCAUCGUUGUUAUAUGCAUAAACGGAUUGUCAGCUGUUUAUAUUUACAUGAGAUGUUUCAAUAUUACAUAUAUCUGUGAUAUCGUUUAACUUGUUGAUACGUAACACGCUAUCAGACCAAAUAUCGCUUA